GGGCGCUGGGGGCAUGGCAAACUCUGACCUCUGCAAUGCCCACACCAGUGCUGCCCUGCUGGAUUUGCUUGUGGAGAACGGUGUCUCCAAUGCCAAGAAAGUGCCGGCCUUGGUCAGGUACAUCCACGGGUGGCUGACGGCCAAUGCGUCUGCGGAGCGCAGACUAGACAAGACUGUGCUGGCUCUGGUCGAGGCACACCCCGUGGAUGUGGUGGUGACUCUGCUGCGCUCUGCCCCAUCCUGUGACAGAGCUGCUGUGACCAUGUGGAGGACAAUCAUCUCCUCAAGAAGUACUGCAGAGUCGGUGCUGCAGAUCCUUGCCCUUGUCCUGGGAAGCUGGCCAGCCUGCAGCAUGUGCACCUCGGAUGGGGAUGAAACGGAAGUCUUUGCCCUGGCUGCAACCUUGGCACUCUGGAAGAUCCUCCAUCUGCUCUGCUGCACGCGUGCAGUGAGGGGGUGUUUCCCCAACCUCUUUGUGCAUCUGCUCUUCCAAGUGUUCCUCAGCACAGUGCAGAUGCCGGAGGAGGUUGACAACUUCUGGAGGGAGUGCCGGAAGCAACGCAGCCUUCCCACCCAGCCCAACAGGUUUGCAGUGCUGACCCUCAAAGCCCUGCUGCGCCGUCUGCGCUGCGAGAGCGUGUUGGUGGCCAUGGAACGCAAGUGUGGCUGGGACACGCUGCUCAACGCUGACACCCACCACUACGCGGUGGGUCUGCUGGCCAGCAUCGUAUGCUGCCUCCUGGAGCUGCUCAGCGAAGAGAUGUGUCCCUGGGAGCUCCCUGCCAUGGCGUUCCUUGUGGAGGUGAGCCUGAUGGCGAGCGCUGCCUGGCUGAGCCGCCUGCACCUCUCUGGCCUU